GAGAUCUGUCUGUCCUCUUUGCUGUAAUACCCAAAAUUUACGUACCUGGUUCUGUAUAUUCCCUCUAGGCCGACAUCUGUCAUUCGUACCAAAUACUCCACAGAAAUGGCAUCCCUGAUGAGAAUAUCGUCGUAAUGAUGUAUGAUGAUCUUGCUCACAAUGAAGAUAAUCCAACACCUGGUAAAAUCAUUAAUAAGGUAAGUAUUUAAUUUAUUAACCCACAAUGCCCCACAUUUUAUUAUACUAUUCUGUGGUCCCACGAUGCAUAGAAAUUUUCCUCCUUUCCUAAAACUGCUACAUGGGCAUGGGGCCUGUACCCGACGAGAAAUAAACCCCUUUUUUCCACUUUAAUACAUGAAGUGUUGUUUUUUCUAGCCUAAUGGACCCGAUGUUUACCACGGGGUUCUCAAGGAUUACACUGGAGCGGUAUGUGGGACUUUAUUCAGAAAUGGUUCAUUUUUGAACCAUCUACACACGUAAAAAUCUCACAACUUGUCAACAAGAUGUGUUCGCAACAGGCUUGUAGCAAGCUUGUCAACAAGUUGUAACAAUUCUGUUAUUUUAUCAAGUUGCUACAAGGUUGUCACUCACAACUUGUUGAUAAAUUAAUUUUUUUCUGUGUUGGUGUAGUGUACUCAGGUGAAUAUAAUAUUUGUGGUGUUACUCUGAGUUAUUCCAAAGGUCGUAGGUUCGAAUCCCACCGUGGCCGGGCAUAUUUAUCAAGCUCGCCCGGUGUGGAUAUACACUCAGAGUAACACCACAAAUAUUAUUGUUGAUAAAUUGUUGGAUUGCGCAGGACGAUAACAAGUUGCUGGAAAAACUUGUAACAAUUCUGUUGGACUCAACAACCUUGUAGCAAGUUGUCAACAAGCAGUACGAACGCAUGCUGUUGACAAGUUGUUGGAACAGCAUUUCUACAAGUCUGCUGCAGGUUUGUUACAACUUGUGUGUUUUCACGUGUCAGUAAUAAAUGCUCACCUUGACCUUUCCAGGCAGUUACUCCAAAGAACUUUUUGAACGUACUGAAAGGAGACAAAGACGCUUUGAGAGGAACUGGCAGUGGAAAGGUCCUUGAAAGGUAAGGAGAAUAUCUGACACCCGAAUAUAGUAUUGUCGUGCAGCAGAUGCUGGUCAACCUGCAGUUAUCAGAGUAAGACUAUGAUGUCAAUUGAUUUCGUAUUAUUGUAUGUAGUAUUGUAGUAAUAAAAUACAUGAUAGUGUUGGGAAAGCUAAUACCUAACCAAGGUCGCGUGACUGCCUCGUGCACUGUCAUGAUCUCAUUCUCGUUUCAUCCGGGGUUUAGUGCUUGCUCCUAGAAGCGUCAACAUUUUUGGAGUUCCAUUGUGUGAUGCACGAGCUUCAUGUGCAUAUACACUGUGGUAAUUUCGUUCUCUGUCAUGUAGUGGCCCAGAUGACGAUGUGUUUAUAUAUUUUGCUGACCACGGAGCGCCUGGAUUGAUAGCUUUUCCUGAUGUUGCUCCAACAGUGAGUAUCUUCAUUAAACGUAACAUUUCUCAAUUUCUGUGUUCUUAAUUUGUGUUUAAUUCCAAGAAAUUACAUCUGACAACCAACACUUUUUGCGUUAGUUGAAGAAAAAGCAACUUUUGGAUGCCUUAAAAUUCAUGCAUGAAAAAAAGAAAUACAAAAAGGUACAGUAGAAAUUGAGUUCCUUUUUUGGAUUCCUGCUAAUUAUGGGUCAUUGUGGUUAAUAAUUGAGGCUCCAUGUGGCUAAUUAUGUUUUAUUGUUGCAAAUUAUGGGUCGUUGUUACGAAUUAUGGGUCAUCAGUUACUGGUCAUUUUAAAAUUAUAAACGUUUCUUUAGAUGGUAAUAUACAUUGAAGCUUGCGAAUCAGGGUCAAUGUUCUCUAACGGCGGACUGCCUGAUGAUAUCAAGAGUUAGUAUGAUUUAAUGAUUAUGUUCAAAGUUCGAACGAUUGGCAAUAAUUCCGGUCCGAACAAAUCGUGCUUGUCUUCCUGACGUCAUCAAUUUUCACCUCACUAUCUACAGAUCUUUGGCAAAAACGGACCUCAGCAUCGAAAUCGUCAUGCUCAUAUUAGUUUAAAGCGAAAAUUUCAUGUUUGGACAUUCAGGGCACGAGUUAAGGCCGUUUUCCACUAGGCGGAGUUUUCCGCGCGGAGCGGAAUUUUUCUUUGUCUUCUUUUCUAAUUAGUUCCACCCGAGAAAUCACAAGACAAGGACAAUUUCCGCUGCGCGCGGAAAAUUUCCUCCUAGUGGAAAACGGUCUUUACGUCGUUUUGAACAUUUUGUUUUCCCUAUACAUUUGACCGCAAUUUCCGCUGCAAUGUCCAAACAUCAUGAAAUUCUGAGUUCCAUUUCCGCCAAAUAGCAAGAUGAAAAAUCGAUAACGUGAACUCGGAUCGGAAAAUAUCGUAUUUACAUAUGUACGUUUGUACAUAGAGAGAGCAUCAUCCGUGUCUAGUAUAAAUCAAGCUAUCUAUAUUUUCCUGUCUCAACAUAAUUUCCUCUUUUUCCAGUCUUUGCCACGACUGCUGCAAACCCACAUGAAUCAUCUUACGCCACGUACUGGGAUGAAAAGAGAGAAACAUACCUUGGUGAUCUCUAUAGUAUUGCCUGGAUGGAAAACUCAGACAAGGUUAGACUACACCUGUAUAUGAAAAUAUAAAUGAAAAAAUAUAGUUAAUGUAAUAUUGGUCAUUUUACAAUUCCAGUCAAACCUGACCAAAGAGACGCUUCAACAACAAUUUCUAAAAGUUAAAAAGAGGACAAACUUGAGCCACGUCCAGGAAUAUGGAGAAAAGGUGCGCCAGAUGUUGAACGCAUGCUCUUAUAAAACGUUAAUAACCAGUGUGCUGUAGAUCAUAUGUGCCAGUACAUAUGAAAUAUUAUGAAAGCUUAAAAACUCAUUAAUAAUUCAUGAGGAAAAGACAUGUUAAUCUACAUAAACUUUAGACAAAGUUGAUUUUUUUUCGCCAAUGAACUCAUAAGAUGGGUCAUUUUUAAGCGAUUUGAAACACUCGCAGUCUUUACCAGAUAUACGACACUUGCCUGUCGCCUCGUGUUCUCAAUAAAACACUCGUGUUUUAAAUAGAACUGAAGUUGACAAGUCUGCUGUGUAGAUCAUGUGCAAUAAUGAAAUAUUAUCAUUCAAGCAUAAAAAUGCUUCAUUACAAUCGUUUAUCCAUGUAGGACAUCUCAAGUGACCCAGUGAUCGAUUAUCAAGGAGAAGGUCGUGGAUCCUGGUUGCCUGCCAAGGAUACAAGAGAAUAUCCUACAGUAGGUCUUCAUUCUUUUCUUCGCUAACUUUUAGACAUUUGUUUUACAAUUUCGAUACAUGUUCAUUUUAUAGAAUGAUGCCAUUCCAGCGCCUGAAGUACCUAUGGCCAUUCUUGAACGACGUCUACAGAAAACUACUUCACAGAAGGAAAAAGUGAAAAUUGAAAGGAAAAUGAUGAGUCUUCUUCGCGUAAGUAGUCGAACUUUGUUUACCAAAUGUCAUUUUUGUUGGAGAAAUAAUGUGUCCUGGUUUGUCCACCUUCUGGAAACAUGACUAGGAAACAAUGUUUCCUGGUCUGGCCACCUUUGAGAAACAUAGCUAGGAAACCAUGUGUCCUGGUUUGUCCACCUUCAGGAAACAUGGCUAGGAAACAAUGUUUCCUAAUUCGCAAACCGAUGUUUAAAUUUUUACAGGAACGCCAAAGAGUUCGUGAAACUGUAGAAAGAAUUGCAGAAAUAGCAACUCAUGACGAAGGACAGAAAUUUAGAGUUUUAGAAGAUACAUCUGGUAAAGUAACCCAGCUUGAUUGUCAUGCCGAGGUAGUCGAUGCCUUCUCGGAGAAAUGUUUUGCUUUGGGAAAGGUUCGUUAACAGUUUCAUAUAUCUAUAUAUGGUAACAUUUAUUCAUAGUUAAAAAAUUCAUUAAUAAUUCACGAGGAAAAUACAAAAGAAAUGAAUGUUUAAUCAACGUUUGUAAAUCGGAUAAAGAUUUGUCCUGAUUUACAUAAACUUCAGCUUUGAUUUUCUUUGAUUUUCUUUGAUUUUCAUUUAGACAAUGUUUAUUUUUAAAAUUACUUCGCCAAUGAACUCAUAAGAUGGGUCAUUUUUUAAGUACGAUAAAACAUUCGGCUGCUCAUGUUUUAUCUAGUACUAAAAAGCCACGACCGCGAAGGCUUGGUUAAACAUGGAUGGAAGUAGAUGAGAGUUCCACAUCUCGCUCGCGUUUCACCGCAAACUCUCAUCAACUUUAAGUUGGUUUAAAUUUUGAUGACGAGAGUUUAGCUACGCGCGCGGUUACAUCUAGUCAACUCUUGUUCUCGUUUGACUGGGACAUGAGAGUUAAGAAAACUCUGAUGUUAAACUCUCGCUUCUCAACUCUCAUCAACACUCAUUCUGUUUGACCACCGUUACCCUUGCUGUAAGCCACCAGCUCACGCCUCAUGCCGAAACACGAGUAUUAAACUCCUGUGUAUUAAAUUUUAGAGUGAUGCCGCUUUACGUCAUAUCUAUGUUUUGGCAAAUAUGUGCGAAGAAAAAAUCCCGCUGCCUCAGUAAGUUAUGAAACAUGUGAAGGUUUAAUCAAUGAGUCAGUUUCCUUAAACAUUUCUUACAAAUCCUUAAAAACUUAGAAUUUACUUACGCAAAAUUCCUAUACUGUGAUCACAGAAACUUUGACAGUGUAAACCAGUUUUUAACUUGGCCUAUUAUAUUGUAGACCUUUUUGAAGCAAUUCCGUUCCAACCUCGUACCCAGGCUCUUUCCUCUAGCGAGUUCUAACGAGGUAGGAGUGCAGAGGAAAGAGACUGGGUACGAGGAUGAAACAAUUCUUGGAAUCGAAACUUAUAGCACGCAUUAAUUUUUCGCUUAUAUUUGCAGAAUCCUGUCAGCAAUCAAAGAAAUCUGUUGAACUCCUGCAUAACAACAGUGACUAUGGCAAGAGGGCAUUCAUUUUCAUCUUUUAAGAAUAGCAUUAGUUUUAAAACAAAUAAAUAGAUAGAUACAAUUUUAUUUAUACACGGUAAUUCCUUCAGUCUAAAAACACUGGUAUCAACGGUAUAAAUAAGAUACUUUUAGCCUUAUUUAGGGAAUUAACUUGUAUUUUGGAAAAAUAGAAGUAGUUUUAUAUUACUGUAUGGAGAAAUCUAAAUUCAAGUUUAAAUAAAUGACGUUGG